GAGUGCAAACGUGCCCUUGGCAGCAGAGCAUGUGAGCGGGGAGGAACAUUCUGGACCCACAUUCAGAGAACAAAAGGACAGAAUGACAGCACGUCUCUGGGCUGAAAGGCCUUGGACACGCAGAUGCUGCGCCUCGAGUCUCGCCUGGAACCACACCUUGAAGCCGCUGAUGCCCACCCUCUGCCUGGUGGUGGUCUUUGUGUAUGGCCUGGCCGACAAGCUCCGCGCCUUUGUGGCCGGCAUCUUCAUCCCCCAGUACCACUACCCGUACGUUGUGGGUCUCUGCUUCGGACAGGCUCUAUUGUCCGUGUCCUUCUGCAAUCUGCUGCACGUCCUGGGUGUGGCGCCGCUGAGGCGGUACAGUCGACCCCUGGGCGAGCGACUCCUGGUGUCCUCCAUCUGCAGCAGCGUCCACGCCGUGCUGACCACGUGGGCCCAGGUCAGCAGCUCGCACGGCGUCCUCUUCCCCCUCGCCCGGCGACUGCUGCCCGUAGUCACCGUGGGCCUGAGCUUUGCGCUGAAGGUAACGGCGCCACCUUCAGGCCACGCCUCCGUGCCGCUCUCCAUCCUGACCGGGUGCUCGCUUGUCCUCACUGCCCGCCAUGGUCCAUUGAUUGAGGAAGCCCUGGAGUACAUGUACGCCCCUCUGGCCGUCAUCGUCCUCAGCCUUUCCCUCACCUGGCUGUCCAAAGUGUCCCACUGUGAGCGCCGGGCGUCCUCUCUGGACAUCUACUACACCCAGCUGGUCAACCAGUGCUGGCUGCUGGGCCUCCUGUGGACGCUGCACCCGGACGGCCCCCUGCUGGUGCUAAGUCGGGCCAGCUGGCACAGCCUCCUCUUCCACGGGUACCUGCUCGCUAUCCUCCUGUUGGGGACGCUGCUCAACUUGGCGCUCGCCAUGACGGCGCUGUGCAAGUCGCCUCUGGCUGCAGGUGUGUUACAUGCAGCUGCAGAACUGAUGCAUCCUCUGGUGGAGCUACUCUGACCUCAUAUAGUGAUGGUAAAUACCUUAGGUCAGGGGUCACCAACCUUUUUGAAAGCAAGAGCUACUUCUUGGGUACUGAUUAAUGCGAAGGGCUACCAGUUUGAUACACACUUAAAUAAAUUGCCAGAAAUAGCCAAUUUGCUCAAUUUACCUUUAACUCUAUGUUAUUAUUAAUAAUGAAUGAUAUUUACACUUAAUUGAACGGUUUAAAAGAGGAGGAAACACGAAAAAAAUGACAAAUUUUGAAACAUAGUUUAUCUUCAAUUUCGACUCUUUAAAAUUCUAAAUUCAACCGAAAAAAAAAGAAAAGAAAAACUAGCUAAUUCGAAUCUUUUUGAAAAAAAAUUUAAAAUAAUUUAUGGAACAUCAUUAGUAAUUUUUCCUGAUUAAGAUUAAUUUUAGAAUGUUGAUGACAUGUUUUAAAUAGGUUAAAAUCCAAUCUGCACUUUGUUAGAAUAUAUAACAAAUUGGACCAAGCUAUAUUUCUAACAAAGACAAAUCAUUAUUUCUUCUAGAUUUUCCAGAACAAAAAUUUUAAAAGAAAUUCAAAAGACUUUGAAAUAAGAUUUAAAUUUGAUUCUACAGAUUUUCUAGAUUUGCCAGAAUAAUUUUUUUGCAUUUUAAUCAUGAUAAGUUUGAAGAAAUAUUUCACAAAUAUUCUUCCGCGAAAAAACAGAAGCUAAAAUGAAGAAUUAAAUUAAAAUUGAUUUAUUUUUCUUUACAAUUAAAAACGUUUUUUACUUGAACAUUGAUUUAAAUUGUCAGGAAAUAAGAGGAAGGAAUUUAAAAGGUAAAAAGGUAUAUGUGUUUAAAAAUCCUGAAAUCAUUUUUAAGGUUGUAUUUUUUUCUCUAAAAUUGUCUUUCUGAAAGUUAUAAGAAGCAAAGUAAAAAAAAUAAUGAAUUUAUUUAAACAAGUGAAGACCAAGUCUUUAAAAUAUUUUCUUGGAUUUUCAAAUUCUAUUUGAGUUUUGUCUCUCUUAGAAUUAAAAAUGUCGGGCAAAGCGAGACCAGCUUGCUAGUAAAGAAAUAACAUUUAAAAAAUAGAGGCAGCUCACUGGUAAGUGCUGCUAUUUGAGCUAUUUUUAGAACAGGCCAGCGGGCUACUCAUCUGGUCCUUACGGGCUACCUGGUGCCCGCGGGCACCGCGUUGGUGACCCCUGCCUUAGGUGGUGCUGCAAACGCUUUGUAAUGAUGGCAUAUAUGUACUGUAAAGUUGCAUCAUGUUUUUUUUACAUCAAGUACCACCUCAGGAAACAUAAUGACAACUUUAAAAUACAAGAAUGUCGUACGCCCAAGCUGAGGUUUUAAUUAACAAGUAUAUUUAUUUAUUUUGGGCCACUGUAACAAUACAGACCGUUUGAACAGUAACACUGUUUAAAUAUAGGAAAAUGAAACGCUGUCCUUUAAUCAAGUGAUACUUUGACGUGCCACCAGAUGGCGCCUGUUCCACGGUUUAGGACAGACCUGGGCAUUCUGCGGCCCGCGGGCCGCAUCCGGCCCUUUGUGCGUCCCUGUCCGGCCCGCGUGAGGCCAAUCAUAAAUUACAAAAUACAUUUAAAAAAGUAUCUAUGUCGAGUGUGCAAUACAACGGUGCUGCUUUUGUUUUGAAAAGCGUUAUUUGUAUUACUUCCGUGUGGACGUAUGCUCGUGCGCGAUUGUGAGUGAAUGUGAACAGCGGCAAUCACAAAGAGGGGCACAUUUGAGAACGUGUCACUCUCCCGACGCACUGUAACGAGGCGGGUUGAGACCAUCGCUGGAAACUUGGAGCUUCAGCUGAAGAGCAGAACGGCCGACUUUGACUGUUUUUCGCCGGCUUUGGAUGAGAGCUGCGAUGUACGUGACACCGCCCAGCUGCUCAUCUUCUUAGUUGGGAUAACUGCAGACUUUCAAAUCACGGAGUAGUUGGCAGCCAAACAGUCAAUUAAAGAGACAACCGCAGGUAAUGACUUGUUCACAUAGGUAAAUGGGUGUUUGGACAUGUUAGGACUGAAAUGGGACAAGCUGGCAGGUGUGACAACAGGUGGUUGUCCAAAUCUGACGGGGAAAAAUGUUGGACUUUUAAAGACGAUGCAGUAUAAAGUGACAGAAAUUGACAUUUUUGCAUUGUAUUAUACAUCAGGAAGUGUCGUGUAAGACAGUGUUAAAAUAAAACCAUCAAAAGCAAUCUGCUUUUGUAUAAAGUUAAGUUAGGUUAAAUGAAAUUAUUAUUAUUAUUAUUUAUCUUACGGUAUAUCAAAAAUAAUUUGAUCAAAAUUUAAUUGAAAUAUUGUCGGUGUGGCCCUCCAGCAGGGCUCGGGUUGCUCAUGCGGCCCCCGGUAAAAAUUAAUUGCCCACCCCUGGUUUAGGACUGCGUGUACACUGCUGGUCAAGUGGCCCAAAUCAGACUUUUUUAAACCAGAUUUUUUCCAGCUGACUUUUUAUAUUGCAAGUUGUUGUUGUUUUUUUAAAAUCAAACUCCAGUGUAAAAGUGCACGUCAGAAACAAGACAAGAUGUACUUGAUGAAAUAGUUCAGGCAAUCUGCAGAAUAAAUAAAGCGGGAGGUGUGGUAACAUUUCUUUGAGUUCCUGUUCAUGUAGGAGUUGAGGGGAACCAAUUAGCUGAUAAGUACGCAAAACAAGCAAGCACUAAAACAGAAGUAAACAUGGAGAUGAAGCACAGUAAAGAAGAAGUGAAGAACAUCAUUCAGAUAGAAGACAAUAAAAAGAUAAUUGGAAUAAGGAAAGAAAAGGUAGAGAGUAUUACAAAGUCCAGAGGAGAGUAGGUGUAAUGAGAGGAGGAAUAAGAAUAGUUCAUUGAAAUUGAUAAGGAAACAUGCUACAGGACUGUGUGACCAUUGCCAUCAGAUAGAAAGUGUAGGACAUGUUUUAAAUAGUAGCUGUGGCUACAAAUGUAGCUUACCACCACCAGGUGUGAAUGAAUGAUGGGUUCCCACUUCUCUGUGAGCGCUUUGAGUAUCUAACAAUAGAAAAGCGCGAUAUAAAUCUAAUCCAUUAUUAUUAUUAUUAUUAUUAUUAUUAAAUAAUACAUUGUAGGAAAUACAAUCGAGAAAGGGAAAUACUGGAAAGUAAGUUAGCAAAAGAGAAGAUUAGGUUAGCACUCAGAACACAUAAAUGAUAAAGCAUUAUAUACAUAUUUAAAAAACACUGGGCUAAAAAUAAAAGAAUAUAGACUGGGAUCCACCUCAGUCCACACUCCAUUUCAGUAGGUGGCGGUAAUGCACACCACAAGGUUGCUUGCCAACCGCCAUUAAAGGCCUACUGAAAUGAAUUUUUUUUUUUUAAACGGGGAUAGCAGAUCCAUUCUAUGUGUCAUACUUAAUCAUUUCGCCAUAUUGCCAUAUUUUUGCUGAAAGGAUUUAGUAGAGAACAACGACGAUAAAGUUCGCAACUUUUGGUAUCUGAUUAAAAAAGCCUUGCCUGUACCGGAAGUAGCGUGACGUAGUCAGUCGU